AUUAUAGCCAUCACAAGGUGGAUCGUGUUGGUGCGGAAACAACUUCGUAGGCACCAACAUACAUACCUACCUUACUUACCUGUGUCAUGAAAGCCUGCAGAUUUGAGAUUUGAAAUGAUACCUAGUUGUUAGAAAGUUCUAGCUAGGGUAGGCUUCGCACGAGAUCAGUGACAACACCGUUUCGCAUUUACCUCGCCAACCAGUUGAACAACCACAGAUGUAAAUUUAAAGUCACACAUUCUACCUUGAUACCUUAAAUUUAAAACAUCAAGAAAUCCCUCUCACAAUCUCAUCUAUCAUUACUUUAUUCUAGUCGCAACUAGAUGGUCUACUCAGGGCCAAGACGAGAAAUAUGUACAUCAUAAAUACGAACAACAACGGACAGCUAUCACGACCUGCCUUAGGGGAGCAAGUACCUUUUGGUAGACUCUAUGAUGCCAGAACCGACCAAUUUCUCUCUCAGUCCUUACUGAGAGGAGAUGGCCAAAUAUUCCAGGCGUCAUCUGCAGUUCCCACGGGUCAAUUACCCGAAGUCAACGUUAUCUUUGAUGAUUCCUAUCAGGCCAAGUUCGAUCUCAUGAACAUAGACCCUGACCUAGGUGCGAGUAUUCUUGCCAAGCUCAUAAAGCCGAAAGGAGCUAGCAUGUAUCUCGAUGUCCCACAGCAAAGAGAUGGUAUGCUGCAUGCCGCUAUUCAUCACAAAGUUAUCUCAGCACGGGAGAAGUUCAAUGUAAUGCACCCUCGGAAUCAAGCAGCUAUAGACUGGGAGGCCUUGAUCAACUUAGAGGCUACACAUUUUGUCGUCGGAAUCGAAUGGGGUAUCCAAAGCAUUGUCUCAAUACAACAUGCAGUUAGCAGCUCUGCAGCCCACACGGUAGUUGAGGCUCAAUUUCAGACCGAGAUUUCCAAUUUCAAAUCAGCCAUUGAAACCAAUGCACCGAUAGCUCCGGAGAGCUCCCUCCAUGGUCCAGCAGAUACAGAUAUGCCACUGGAAAUCACAACAUACAGCGACAUAGCUGCUGAAUGUGGUGUCGUGGUGGAAACUUUAGAGAAGGCACGCUCUGAACUGAGCCUUAUUCCCAUACGUAUUGAAAAGGAAUAUUCCAAUAGGGGUCGACCGAUCACAUAUACUCUAUUUCCAAUUGGCGUUCUCGGAAUGAUCAUGGAAUACGAAGAAAGUCUUGGUGCAGCCAUGACUCCUAUCAGCUUGGAGACUGAGAAUCACUUAGUUCACCUAUUCGACGAGUUUUCUCGGUCUUAUCAGAAACUCCACAAGAACUAUGAAUACAUUUCACAGCAUCAGAAGUAUUGUUCCGAACGUCUUCGCAAGGAAGUAGAAUCGAAGAUAUCCGAGCUAAAACGCGCGUUGCAGAGCUUCGAGCAAGAGUACGCGGAGGCUCUCGUAAGUAUACGCAGUGGGAAGGACAAAGAAAUUCUUCUCCAGAAUCUACAUGCCGCCUACACUCGCGAUGAAACAGCACCCGCUAUUCUAGCCAACACGACUGACCGACAUGUCACCAAGAUCAAAUUUAUACUUGAAGCUACUCGUAUGGGUGCGACCUACACCAACACUGAAGACCCAAUCAUCGAUUCCAUAGGAAAUAAGGAGGCCUACGUAUUCUCGCUUAGCGAUACGGCUUUGAACGAUAGUAAGUCUUGGAAUGACAAUACAGCCCUAUUCCAAGAUUUAUUGGGUCAUCAAAACCCCGAUACCCUCUAUAUCGUAUCCGACGAUGAUGCAGUAGGACGUGUUUCACCUUCUGCGUAUAUCUCAUAUUACGAGAAAGGAGAUUUGGUCUCUGAGGAUGUUCUUGAGGAACAAAAUUGGCUCGCGAAACAGUGCUUUGUUCAGUACACGGCGGAAACCCUUGAUAGCCGGGAUAUACAGAGACCACUGAAAAGACGACUCAUUACUAUGCCUUGUCCAAGCCAAAGUUGCAGUCGAAGCCGCAUCUGUGAAUGGAAAUGUUCUAAGUGCCGUACCCCUGUUGAGUUCGGGUUCACUGAUAAGUACAUAUACUGCGAUUGCGGACGCAGUUUGUAUGAAAACUUCAGCUUCAAGUGUGAUCACCCAAGUCAUGGUGGGACAUACGAAAAGUGCCAGUCUCAGUACGUUUUAUCGCAGCUGAAGAAUCUCGGAGACUCGGAAAAUGUAAAUAUUCUGAUUUUAGGCGAGACUGGUGUGGGAAAAUCGACAUUCAUCAACGCCUUCGUCAAUUACUUGACGUUCAAGACACUAGACGAAGCCAAAGCAGAAGAGGGACUCAAUUGGGUUAUACCAUGCUCAUUCUCCACACAGAUCAUGGACAGAAAUCGAGCAGAUGGAGCUAUCGAGCAGAUCAAAAUCCAGGUCGGUACGAGGGAUGAUGAACAUGAUGGCAGUAAAGGAGCGUCAGCUACACAGCGAACCACCGUCUAUCCUGUCACUAUUGGCAACCGUACAAUUCGACUAAUUGACACACCUGGUAUCGGGGAUACACGGGGGAUUCAGUACGACAAGAAGAACAUGGCCGAUAUACUAUCAACUUUAAGUAGUUAUGAUGACUUACACGGCAUACUCAUCCUGGUAAAGUCGAACAAUGCGAGAUUGACCGUCACCUUCAACUUUUGCAUGAAAGAGCUGCUAACACAUCUCCACCGCUCGGCGGCAAACAACAUGGCGUUUGGCUUCACUAACACACGGAUCUCAAACUACACUCCUGGUGAUACAUUUGGGCCGCUUAGCACUUUGAUACAGAAGCACGCUGAUAUUGGUCUAUCUCUGACAACUCAUACAACCUAUUGCUUCGACUCAGAGAGCUUCCGUUAUCUUGCUGCAUUCAAGAACGGGACUGUGAUGGAGAAUGAGGAAGACUUUCGACGUAGUUGGAAGCAUUCGAGGAUGGAGUCACUGCGCCUUGUUGAUUAUUUCAAGUCCAAGACCCCGCAUAAAGUUCAAAGUACCAUAAGUCUCAACGGCGCAAGACAGCUGAUAGCGAGCUUGACUAAGCCAAUGGCCGAGAUUUCGGCGCUCAUCAAGGCCAAUAUUGCUAUGUCGGAAGAUAAAAUCAAGGAAAUGACGGACACCCGUGUCACGGGGGAAAAGCUUAGAGAUCGGCUUCAUAUAGAGAAGAUGCAUCUACGCUCUAAACAACUCGAUAUGCCACGAACCGUCUGUAAGGACAAGGACUGCAUCGAGCUCAGAGAUGAUGGGGGAGGCGUGGUUGUCACUGUAUACAAGACACACUGCCAUCCUGUCUGCUUUCUCAACGACGUUAAGAUUGAUCAAGUAGCUCAUCCUAGUCUCAUCGGGUGUGCCGCGUUUGGUGGCAGAAAUUACUGUGCGAGAUGCACCCAUCACUGGCAAUCGCACCUCCACGUCCUAUUUGAACUAGAGGAAUACAUGGCUACGGUGACAGAUACCGAAGUCGAACGACAGAUCCAAGCAAACUCUGACGACGUAAUACUAAGAGAAGCAGCAAUUCAAGGCCUGAAUAAUCUCAUCGCCGAAUAUAAGGAGGAGCAUGCGACAGUUCAGAAGGCGUCCGCCAGGUUCGGUGUUUUCUUGAAGAAAUAUUCUAUCACCGCCUACAAUGAUGCGACGCUCGAGUAUCUGGACAUGCUUAUUAGGGAUGAAGAAAUGAAGGUCCAGGUCGGUGGAAGCAGAAAGCGCCUCAAUGAUCUAUUGGACGAUCGCCGGUCGCAUGAGGAGCUCGUGGACAUCCUAACGCGCAAUAUGGACAACAAGUACCAAUUGCAGUAUCAAGUCCUUAAUGAAGCCGGCGUGGAGAAUCUUGUCUCUCAGCUGUACGAUUUAAAGCAUUUCGGCAAAAACCUUGAGACGAUCAGAAAUACCAUCUCAACAGCGCAUCAAGCCACGAACCGAGAACGCCCAUUCCGGGUAAAUCGGGGAUGGACGUCUAUGAUAUCUAGACAUGCACGUAGGGCUACCGGGGACCGCCAUAAUAUGACGAUGGCCCCACAGGCACUAGCAUCACCGCCAAAGAAUCGACGCAAGCCCGGGUCGACAGUCAAAAGGUUCUUUGAGGGCCUACCGUCUUGGCCUCGUGGGCGCCAUUAAGUGCGGAGGCCGUAUUCAGAGGAUCGAUAAACUAAAGGAGCACUAAAUUCAUAACUUGCUGCAGGAAGAGUCAGUUUAUGCAUUGUUCAAUGAGAUCUUAACUGAAGAGAUAAAUUCUGGGAAGUUGUAGUAAUACCAUCAGAUCAGUUAUCGCAAAUUGUUUACUUGAUUCAUCAAGCGAGGGGUUAGCCUACUAUGGUGGACGGUUAGGACAUUUGUGCCAAAAUCAGGAAAAUAGGUCGGGGCUUUCCAAAAAGGGUAAUAUAGCAAGUGCAUAAUAUAUUAUGCGGGGUAUAUACAAAAUAAAAUAUA